AUGUUUAGUAGCAGAUCUCAAUUAAAAAAGAGAACGCCAGAAGAUGGAACUGAUCGCGAAGAUUAUUUAUCGUUGUUAGUUGAUGAGUACAUCAACAGUAAUUCCUUUGAUGCUAAAUGUCAAGUAUUAGCAAAUUUAGCUAACUUUGCUUAUGACCCGAUUAACUAUAGCUACAUAAGAGAUGUCGGUGUAUUAGAUAUUUUUAUUCAUACACUUAAGAAUGAAAAAAAUGAAAAACUUCUCCAUUUUGCUGUUUCAGGAAUUUGCAACCUGUGCAUAGAUCCAGAAAAUGUUCAAUAUAUUUUGAACAAUGAAGUCAUAAAAAUAAUUGCUACGUUACUCAAUUCAAAUCAUUCUGAUACUGUAGCAGAUAUUAUAACAAUUUUCUUUUAUUUAUUGAAUAGCAAUGCUAAAUCAUCAAUAAACUCUUUAGAUAUUAUUCAGUAUAUAGAAACAUUGCAGAAGUCUGGUAACAAAGUAAUCUCAAAUUUAGCAACCAUAUUGUUGGAUGAAUUAAACAAAUCUGAA